GGGUAUAUAGCCAGCCGUCCCAUACGGAGAGCUGCACCUUAUCUCCUUUCGUGGCGCCGUAGAUCCUCUUGAUCGACGUGAACCUGCGCUCUUCGGGUCCGAUUCAAAGAUCUGUCUACACCGAAGCCAUGGUCUCCGCUGGUUUUCAGAUUAUGGGCAUGGCCCUGUCGGUCCUGGGCUGGAUCGGGGCAAUUGUCACCUGUGCUUUGCCCAUGUGGAAAGUCACAGCUUUCAUCGGCACCAACAUUGUGACCGCUCAGAUCACCUGGGAGGGGCUAUGGAUGAACUGUGUGGUACAAAGCACCGGUCAAAUGCAGUGCAAAGUCUACGACUCAAUGUUGGCUCUGCCGCAGGAUAUCCAAACAGCGCGGGCCCUUAUGGUCAUCUCUGUGCUCCUAGCUCUCCUGGCCCUGAUGGUUGGCAUCGUGGGAGCCAAAUGCACCAACUGUGUGGAGGAUGAAGAUACCAAGGCCCGCAUUGUCAUCGUCUCUGGUGCCGUCUUUGUGACAGCAGGCGUCCUCUGCCUCAUCCCCGUCUGCUGGUCAGCCAACACCAUCAUCCGAGAGUUCUACAACCCGCUAGUAACGGAGCCCCAGAAGAGAGAGCUGGGUGCCGCCCUUUACCUUGGAUGGGCAGCCGCAGCUUUAAUGAUCCUGGGAGGGGCGCUGCUCUGCUGCAACUGCCCCAGGAAAGAAGGCAACAACUACAGCGCCCGGUACACAGCCGCUGCCUCUCAACCCCGCAGUGAUUACCCCAGCAAGAAUUAUGUGUAGGAACACCACCUUGGAAUGAAUCAGUUUUCGUCCUAAAAGCUCACUGCUGGUUGGAUCUCCUUUGGAAGCAGGAUUGGAUCCUUUCUGAGGCUCCACGUGAUGAAUGUCCCUCCUUAGGAACAGAAUUAACCCUGUUCCAAGACUUCCCAAUGUAUUUUGGCCCAUCAGUAUUUUGCCUUCUGCUGUUAACCACAUCCAUUGUAUAGAUGUAUCUUAAAGGAGUCAGAACUUUUCUUCAGGUUAACAUCUUGGGACUCAUGAUCUACGCCCUCCAUGAUGUCAGUAGAUAAGGCUCUGGAUCUGAAAUUUUCAAGUAGUUGAUGAUAAAUGUGAUUGAUCUUUUAUUUUUUUUUGUAACCCCUGGAUGCUUAAUGAAUGACUCUUACCUGCCAGUAAUGCCCUGGGGAAUCAUCAAGUCCUGUUCAAUAGGAUCUUUUCAUAGGGUGGGGGGAGGGGUGGUAGAAAUCACUACACUAAACCAGGUAAUUAAAGCUGUGAUGUGUUUGUAUAAUAUUAUAUUGUAAACCAACAGGAUGUGGUCUCUUAGAAUGUUUUGUUGUUGUUAACUUGUAAAAUGACCUUGCAUGCAUUUCAUACUAGAUGCCAGUUCCCCUCCCGUUUUUUUU